AUGGGUUUGCGCGAAAACAAACGCGAAAUGCCGUCCACAGUCACACUUGCGGAAUACCUGUUUACACGCCUUCAUCAACUUGGGGUUCGUUCCAUCCACGGUGUACCGGGCGACUACAACUUGAACCUGCUGGAUCAUAUCGAACCGUCGGGUCUUCAUUGGGUCGGGAACUGCAACGAGCUAGAUGCGGGAUAUGCUGCGGAUGGCUACGCACGGAUCAAUGGGAUGGGAGCACUCAUCACUACGUUCGGAGUGGGAGAGCUGUCAGCGGUCAAUGCCAUCGCCGGCGCGUACUGUGAGCGGGCAGCAGUGGUCCAUAUAGUCGGCACCCCGGAGAGAGCUAUUCAGGACGCUCGCCUAAGGGUUCACCACACCUUUGCCGACGGCAAUUUUGAACGUUUUGCGCAGAUGCAUGCCCAGAUCACGGUAGCCCAGGCGAGUCUGAAGGACUCUCAAUCGGCGCCAGAGCAGAUUGACGUCGUUUUAAAACAGUGUCUUCUGCACAGCAGGCCCGUCUACCUCCAGGUGCCGGUUGAUCUGGUGGAUGCUUCCGUUGAUGCGGGCAGAUUAUGGUCGGAGUGUCUCUCAGCAGAAAUCACUUCAACGGACAAGACUACUCCAGCCCACGACCUGGCGCUAUCGAUAGUGCUGGAGAAGAUCAAAGCCGCUAAUAAUCCGACCAUCUUGGUAGACGGUGAGAGCAGAGCACUCCGGAUCACCGAGGACGUCCAGCGCAUCAUCGACAUCACGAAAUGGCCCACCUGGGUGACGGUGUUCGGGAAGGGGCUUGUGGACGAGACGGCUUCCAACGUCCACGGAGUCUACCGAGGCAGCUAUGACCCGAAGGCGAAGGCUUUCGUGGACAAUUCAGACCUCGUUCUCUGUUUCGGUCCGCACUUUAGCACGACCAACACCUUCGACUCUACCAGCAUUCCUCCGCAGGCAGUCACCAUUACCUACAAAGAUAAUGAGAUCCGGAUUGGCGACCAAAUCUUUCGCGACAUCCCCACCAGGUCUGCUGUGUCCCAUCUACGGCGAGAGCUGAAUGCCUUGGACUUACAGUUCUCGGGAACCAAGGCGGCCUCGCUAGGUUGUAAAGCCCACAAGGUGUGUAUUUCAUCGCUUCCGAGCGAGCAACGCAUCACGCAAGACAGUCUGUGGUAUCUUCUGGGCAACUUCAUCCGUUCGGGAGAUAUCAUCCUAGGAGAGACCGGGACUGCAGGCUAUGGCGUCCAAGAGAUGACACUCCCGCGCCACACGCGUGUCUUCGCACCGGUAACAUGGCUCUCGAUCGGGUACAUGCUUCCCGCGGCUCAAGGGGCAGCCCUAGCACAAAGGGAGCUUAUAGCAGCGUCGUCCUACCACGGCAUCGGUCAGGCGCGGACGGUGCUCUGCAUCGGCGAUGGAAGCUUCCAGAUGACCGUACAGGAGUUGAGCACUAUCGUGCGGGAGAAGCUGGAUGUCAUCAUCUUUCUCCUCAACAACGAUGGCUACACGAUCGAACGAUGCAUCCACGGCCUAGAGAAGCAGUACAACGAUAUUGCCAGUUGGCGCUAUCUGCAAGCGCCGUAUUUUCUGGGCGCCGACGACAACGUCUUUACGGCCACUGUUCGCACUUCGGGGGAAUUGCAACAGGUGCUGGCGUCGAAAGAAAUGUCCAGCGGUAGAGGGUUGCGAAUGGUGGAAAUAGUGCUCGACCGGGAGGACGUUCUGGAGGGCCCUCUGCUUGAUCUGCUCAGAGAGGAGAAGAAGGCUGUAUCGGGCGAGUCAUAG